UUUCAGAGACAAUGGUUCAAAGCUUUAGUCAGUCACAAUUUGGUAGAAAUAUGCUGAAGAUGCAGCUAACAAGCCUUGUCUACAGACAUCUUUGUGCAUAUCUCAUGCGCAUAGCUGUUUAUCAUAAAGAAGAAAAUUUAAUUGAACUCCAUCUCGAUGGUGGAUCACUUUGGAUCAAUGAGAAGGUCAUUUAGCAUGUUCUUGGCGUGCCUAGCAAUGUGGAUGCUACUACAUGCUGUAUCUGCUAGUUAUCCGAGUCUGCAGGCAGAGGCCAAAAAGUACAACAUCAAUCACCUCCCCAAAGGAGUAUCAGCCGUUCAAACAAAGGCAACAACAACAAAAGAGGAAGGGCACCCUCUUUGUAAUAUAAAGCCCAAAGAACAAUGUUCACCCCGACAAAGAUUCAAUGUUUGUUCAGACAUUGGCGUGAGGAUGAAUUCAGUGAUCUUGUUACGGAACUUAGGCUCGUCAGACUUUUCGUUGCAGUAAAAGUAGAUAGAUUGCUAUUGCCAACCUAGGGUACGUAUGUAUCCAAAGAUGCACUUAGAUAUGUAUAUCAUGUAGACAAAAUAGAUAAGCUGGACUGUCCAUAUCUGGUUUUUGAAAUAAUGAAGAGAGAUUUGAAUCUGCUGCAUAAGGACGGCCUGCUGAAAUAUAUGACUUGUUGUGUGUUCGUGUUUAUGGUAAGUAGUAGGAGCUGCUACAAGUAAUUUUCUUUUCUAGAGAUAUCUACAAUAACUUUUCUCAUUUUGGUUCACAUAUUUGUUUGGCAGACUGUACUGAGGGUAAUCUGGUGGAAAAGCAAUCGUCAGGGAGAAUUUACUGCUAUUCGAAUGAUAUGCUCUAGAAAAUUCUCCAAAAUCCAGAUCAGAAAAGGGGCUGGGGGAUAGAAAUUUGAUAGAAUCUUCAUGUAAGUACAAAUCAUAUAUUAAUAUGACUACAAAUUUGCAAAUCAUGUGUACAUUCUAUAAUGAUUUCUUUAUGUUAUUUUCAAUUGAUUAGGUGGGAGGAGAGCUGCUACGGAAUCCUUCUAGUGGUGGCUUAUUCUUUGAGGGAAAAUAGUGUGUACAAGAAGUGAGUGGAGCAAAGACAGUGGGAGAAAAUUGUAUUUAAGCUUGAUGACUUUGAGAUACGUGAGCAUACUUUUAAAGAGUGUUUUAAACGAGAACCAAAUGGUGCUAUGUGUCCAAGCAUAUUUGAGUUAUGCUGCCACAUGUUCUCACAGGAGAACCUGUUUUAUCGGGUACUCCUGUGAAAACAGGUGGUAGCAUAACUCAAAUAUGUUUGGGCUCAUAACACCCUUUGGUUCUCGUUUAAAGUAAUCUGUAAAAAUAUGCUCACGUAUCUCAAAGUUAUCAAGCUUAAAUACAAUAUUCUCGCGCUGUCUUUGCUCAACUCACUUUUUGUACACAUUAUUUUCCCUCAAAGGACAAGGCACCACUAGAAGGGUUCCGUAGCAGCUCUCCUCCCACCUAACCAACUGAAAAGAACAUAAAGAAAUCAUUAUGGAAUGGUGACACAUGAUUUGCAAAUUUGUAAUCAUAUUAAUAUAUGAUUUGUACUUACAUGAAGAUUCUCUAGCGGUAUCAAAUUCAUGUCCCCCCAACCCCUUUUUCUGAUCUGGAUUUUGGAGAAUUUUCUAGAGUAUAUCAUUUGAAUAGCAGUAAAUUCUCCCUGAUGAUUCCUUUUCCACCAGACUAGCCUCAGUACAGUCCGCCAAACAAAUAUGUGAACCAGAAUGAGAAAAGUUACCGUAGAUAUCUCUAGAAAACAAAAUUACUUGCUGUAGUUUCUAGUACUUACCAUAAACACGGACACACAACAAGUCAUAUAUUUCAGCAGGCCGUCCUUAUGCAGCAGAUUCAAAUCUCUCUUCAUUCUUUCAAAAACCUGAUAUGGCCAGUCCAGCUUAUCUAUUUUGUCUACAUGAUAUACAUAUCUAAGUGCAUCUUUGGAUACAUACGUACCCUGGGUUGGCAGUACCAAUCUCUCUACUUUUACUGCAAGGAAAAGUCUGACGAGCUUAAGUUCCGUAACAAGAUCACUGAAUUCCUCCUCACGCCAAUGUCUGAACAAAUAUUGAAUCUUUGUCGGGGUGAACAUUGUUCUUUGGGCUUUAUAUAACUGAGGGGGCGCCCUUCCUCUUUUGCUGCGGUUGCCCUUGUUUGAACGGCUGAUACUCUUUUGGGGAGGUGCUUGCUGAUGUACGUUUUGGCCUCUGCCUGCAAACUUGGGUACCGUACUUUUUUCCACAUCAUCCUCUAAAGCUUCAGGCUCCUUAUCACUUCCAUGAGGCACGACAAGAACAUGCUGAAUGACCUACUCAUUGAUCCAAAGUGAUCCAAUAUCGAGAUGGAGUUCAAUUAAAUUUUCUUCUUUUUGAUAAACAGCUGUGUGCAUGAGAUAUGCACAAAGCUGUCUGUACGCAAGGCUUGUUAGCUGCAUCUUCAACAUAUUUCUACUGAAUUGUGAUUGACUAAUGCUUUGAACCAUUGUCUUUGAAAGUUCAUGAAUUAAUGGUUUCCACGCGCCGGGGUUACACCGCGUUCUCCAUAUCGCCCCCGCGUUAUCCUGAUUUUCCGUAUCUGCCCCUUCUUCCUCAUCAGUCACUUCUGAAACCCAAAAACAAACCGCAAUUAGGAUAUUAAGACCAUCUUUUUUGCUUUCUACUUGAUAUAAUUCAAUUAUUCUUAUACUCCUAAAUGAAAUAUGAUUGUCCGGACCAAUUAGGAUAUUAAGACCAUCUUUUUUGCUUUCUACUUGAUAUAAUUCAAUUAUUCUUAUGCUCCUAAAUGAAAUAUGAUUGUACGGACCAGCACCUAAAAUAUCAUGUGGAAUAGACGAGCACUAGUGCAACUAUUUUACUGUAGACUGUGAAAAAUGAAUUUAGUGAUUGAGGUUGUGACCAGUAUAUACAUUUUGAAACUUUGUUGGGCUUUUCAAAUCAUGGUUAUGUCAAGUUUAAGCUACUCUUCUUCUGUUUAUGCAUGCCAAGUUGUGAGCAUGUACUAGUGAACAAUAUUUAGGUCAUUGACUGUCAACACUAAACUGGAAUGUCGAGCUUGUAAUUUCUUUUCCCUGCUACCUCAUUCGCGUGGAGGCAAAUCAAUUUCCUUGUAAUUAUUUUCCCUGUUCCUCAAAAUUUUCGUGACUGACUGAAGAAACAUUUCUACCUGUUUUAAUUGUAUUAUUUUUAUGCCGCUGUGUAAUAACCGUGGGCAGCCCAAAACGUAGCACUACGCUGUGUGGAUCAGGAUUUGCAGAUCUAUUUGGAAGUGCACGAUUUGCAGAUUAAUGUCUAAAACAGAUCAAUUUGACCUACAAGUCCAGUACCGUAGAUCAACCAAGGAGUUUGCAGAUCGGAAAGACAGGGAGGGUGUCGACUGCAUUACCGUGAAAAAAAAAGCAUCUGGAUGUUUGAAUUUUUUUUACAUCUGGGCCAUAACGAUUUGUCUUGAUACGCAUAGAUUGGCUCGGCUCGAUCACUGCAAGCUAUAGGAUCCGGACAGGAGUUGGACGUCUAGGCCCACGCCAACUCUUCGACUGGUCUUGGACUCCUCCGCCGCCGAUGCUACUAUGCUCGUCCAUCUCCGGCGAUCCUCCGCCGUUCUUCGCCGCCUACCGAACGCCAGCUUCGCCGCCUCCGACCCUACCGCUUUCUACACCAUGGGAUGGAGUUCACGUGCCGAGGCACUCUCCUUUGGUUCAUGUUGGUGCAGCAAGCAUAGUGCCAGAGAUUUCUCCGCAAAUGAUAAGAUUGCCAAUGGCUGUCGAGGGUAUCGGCAAUCGGAGUUGAAGCCUAGUACUGCCGUGAUGGACAACGAUGCAAUCAUCGAUCGCAUACAAAAGAGCACAAGGGGGUUGAAACAAGGGCCGGUUAGCCACACCCUUUCAUCAGCAGAGAAAAGGAAAUUUCUUAUCAACACUCUACUUGAUCUUGAAGAUUCAAAAGAAGCUGUUUACAGCACCCUUGAUGCAUGGAUCGCCUUUGAGCAGGACUUCCCACUAGCCUCGUUAAAGCAAGCAAUUGUAGCUCUUCAAAAGGAGGAGCAAUGGCAUAGGAUUGUCCAAGUAAUUAAAUGGAUGUUGAGCAAAGGGCAAGGAAAUACGAUCAGAACAUAUGAGCAGUUAGUGCGUGCACUCGAGAAGGACAACAGAGCUGAGGAAGCACAUAAAAUCUGGGAGAAGAAAAUAGCCCAUGACCUGCAUUCAGUUCCUUGGCGUUUCUGCAGUCUUAUGUUGGCUAUUUACUACAGAAACAAUAUGCUAGAUAGGCUUAUCAAGCUCUUCCACACUCUUGAAGCAUGUGGUCGUAAAUGUCCUAGUAAAGAGUAUGUACGGAAAGUUGAAGUUGCAUAUGAAAUGCUUGGUCUAUUAGAGGAGAAGAACGGUUUGCUUGAGAAGUACAAGGAUUUGUACAACAAGCCAUCGGAUAGUGACAGGAAGAAAGGUCGACAAUUCAAGAAGGCUGAGAAGAAAUCUGGUUAG